CUCCGUCAAACACCAUUCAACAAUGAAACUAUAUUGUCUGAUUCUAGUAUCUGUAACAAUCGGUACCACCUUUGGUGUACCCCGUAAGGGCCGAAUUUUCGGUGGUGACCCAGCCGCCCCUGGCCAGUUCCCCUCCAUAGUGUCCAUCAACGACCCAGACCAGUUCUGCGAUGGCUCCAUCGUCAGCAAAAACUGGGUUGUCACUUCCGCCCACUGCGUCGACUAUGUAACAUCCACCACGACCAUACUAGCAGGUACCAACUUGGCCAACUCCGGUGGUACCACCCAUAAAGUAUCCAAAUGGAUCAACCACGAAGACUACGAUAACGAAGCACUGACGAACGAUAUAGGGUUAAUCCAAAUCGAAGACGAGUUCGAAUUCGACGAUGUCACUCAACCAACCGAGUUUGUUGAUCCGGUAGAGAACGCAACUUGUAGUCUUGCCGGUUGGGGAAUGACUGACACUGUUGAUUUUCCCGACGAAUUACAAUUUGUUGACCAAACUAUUUUUAGUUUUGACACUUGCAAGAGUUUUGUAGGGGAUGAGUUAGUGGAGGAACAAAUUUGUGCUUUUGCUCAGCAGGGUAAAGGGGUGUGUAUUGGGGAUUCGGGUGGGCCUUUGGUUUGCGAAGGCAAGUUGGCUGGGAUUGUUACGUAUUUUAUCGGGGGUUGUGGGUCGGGGUACCCCGAUUUUUACACUAGGACAAUUCCUUAUGUUGAGUGGAUCAAUAAAAAUAUAGAGUCAAAGUAAAGUUUGAAUAAAUACUGAUGGAUUCAGCAAAA